UGAUUUUCGGAAGGGGGGUGUUAAAUCCUGUCCCAAAUAUAUUCGAAAAAGUAACAAAUAGAAACAAUUCAUGUCACCCUAAACUGUAGCUCGUAAGACCCCUAGAUAACAUUCUAAUCGAAUAAUCACAUAAUUCGUCAUGGCAAUGAUAAAAGCGUUUCGUGUUCUGGAAAAGUGUAUACCCUCAACACACCACAGUGUUCUAUUAGAACACAAAGCUAAGGAAACCACUCUGUUAUUUGAAGCUCAUGCCGUGGCAGUUCUUUCUUCUCAAGAAACAGAAGCAGUAAAAAAGCAAUACAGUAAAAUUCUGGAUGCCUAUGGGUGUCUAGGGGUGCUUCAAGUUAAUUCCGGAGAAUCGACUUUACUGUAUCUAGUUAUGAUAACUGGUUGUUUUUCUAUUGGGAAAAUUGGUGAUUCUGAAAUAUUCCGAAUAACACAAACACAUCUUGUACCAUUGCAUUACACGCAAAAUGAAGACCGAAUAGCAGAGGUCAGAAAAUUAUUAAAUUCGGGAACAUUUUAUUUUUCAUGGUACUCAGGUCCACCUGGAAAUGUCCCUUUAGAUUUAACUCUUUGUGCUCAGCGCGCUCAAAAAACGACCACAACAGAUCACAGGUUCUUCUGGAAUAGAAUGCUUUAUGUACACCUAUUAAGGUUUGGGGUGGACUGCAAUAGUUGGUUGGUACGUGCAAUGUGUGGUUCUGUAGAAAUUCGUACUGUGUAUGUUGCUCACAGAAAAGCUUUAGCUGCUGUGAUAUCAAGACUAAGUUGUGAACGGGCAGGAACUAGGUUUAACGUUAGGGGCACCAAUGAUGAGGGCCAUGUCGCAAAUUUCGUCGAAACUGAACAAGUGAUUUACUUGGAAAACGAUGUUACGUCCUAUUUGCAAACAAGAGGUUCUGUCCCCUUGUUUUGGGAGCAACCCGGCGUCCAGGUUGGAUCCCACAAGGUUCGGAUAUCGAGAGGCUACGAGGCGGCAAAAGCUGCUUUCAAUAAACACAUGUCUAUGAUUAAACAAUUGUAUGGCAAACAAGUUAUAGUGAACUUGUUAGGAACCAGUUUAAUAGGGAGUAAAGAGGGGGAAGCUAUGCUAAGUCAAGAAUUUCAGAAACAUCACAAAGAUUCUAGCCACACUGAUGUGGCUCACAUAGUAUUUGAUUACCAUCAAGAAUGCAGGGGUGGUAACCAAUCUAAUUUGCACAAAUUAAAAGCGAAAGUUGAACAACAAUUCGAAGAAUUUUCAUUUUAUCAAGCAGAAGGGACCAAAGUAGUUAGUUUGCAAACUGGGACGAUCCGUACCAAUUGCUUGGACUGUUUGGACAGGACGAACUGUGUACAGACAUUUUUUGGAUUAGAAAUUUUAGGCAAACAACUUCAGGCUAUGCAAUUGGUGGACAAAAAGCAAACUAUAUCUCGCUUUGAAGAAGUUUUCAAGCAGAUGUGGGUGAAUAAUGGCAACGAAAUCAGCAAAAUUUACGCGGGAACGGGCGCCAUUCAAGGCGGAUCCAAAAUCAUGGACGGGGCGAGGUCCGCAGCAAGAACCAUACAGAACAACUUAUUGGACAAUUCCAAGCAGGAAGCUAUAGAUAUUUUAUUAGUUGGGUCAACCCUGUCAUCAGAAUUAGCAGAUAGAGCAAGGAAUUUGCUCCCAUACAACACACUCCAUGCCCCUCCUCAUGUUUUAAGAGAAGUAUGUAAACGAUAUUCUGAAUAUACGGAACCAAUGGAGGUAAGGGUAGCAGUUGGAACCUACAACGUGAAUGGCGGAAAGCAUUUUCGCAGUGUGGUAUUUAAAAAUAUCCAAUUGUCGGACUGGCUUUUGGAUAACAAUCGCAGUUUAAUCGACACUAGCGGUACCGACACGAACGUCACGAAACCCGCCGACAUUUAUGCGAUAGGGUUCGAAGAAAUUGUGGAUCUCAACGCCGCAAACAUUAUGAACUCCAGUACGGAAAACGCAAAAGCAUGGGCUGCGGAAUUGGAGAAAGUUUUAUCACGCGAUUCGCCCUACGUUUUAAUUACAUAUCAGCAGUUAGUUGGAGUAUGUUUGUACGUUUUCGUUAGGCCCGAGCAUAUACCGUACAUAAGGGACGUGGCGGUGGAUUGUGUGAAAACGGGCUUGGGGGGCCAUACCGGCAACAAAGGGGCGGCGGCGAUAAGAUUAGUAUUUCACGCGACUUCGUUAUGUUUCGUCUGCGCUCAUUUUGCGGCCGGCCAAACCCAAGUGGCCGAAAGAAACGCCGAUUACAAUGAAAUUACUAGAAAAAUCACUUUUCCCAUGAGUCGUUCUCUGAAUUCGCACGAAUAUUUGUUUUGGUGCGGUGAUUUUAAUUACCGAGUCGAUAUGGCUAAAGACGAAAUCAAGCAACUCGUCUUAGAAGGAGAUUUCGACUCCAUACUCGAAUUUGAUCAACUUAAGAAACAACAGCAAGAUGGUAACGUGUUUAAGAAUUUCAUCGAAGGUACGAUAACGUUUCCACCGACUUACAAAUACGACUUAUUCAGUGACGAUUACGAUACCAGUGAGAAAUGUCGCGCACCAGCUUGGACCGACCGGGUACUUUGGAAAAGGCGAAAGCAUUCGAACGAAGUCAACGGAGUUGUAGAUAAUUGGUCGCCCGGUCGUUUGGUCCAUUACGGGAGGGCCGAAUUGAAACAGAGCGAUCAUAGACCCGUUAUCGCCAUUAUUGAUAUCGAAUGCAGAAUCCUCAACGAAGAGAGGCGAAAUAAAGUGUUUUACGAAGUGAUUAAAGACAUGGGACCUCCGGACGCGACGAUCAUCGUGCACUAUGAAGAUAGUGCCGAACUAGAGGAUGGCAGUAUUUUUGACGACGAUAUGGUCAAACUUUUGGUUGACCUGUUUGGCGAAUUUGGCGAGACCAUUUUAAUUAGAUUUGUCUCGGAAACGAUGUGGAUUACAUUCAGAGAGGGACAGUCCGCUUUGGAUGCCUUAAAGAAAACUAAUGGAACCCUAGAAAUUUUAGGUUACAAGCUCAGUUUAUUUUUAAAGACUCCCGACUGGGUUGAACAAGCCAAACAAGAAAUCGGAUUGUGUUCCAGCAACACGGUACCCCUAUUCACACCGACGAAUCAAUCUGACUAUAAUUGCUUGGGUAUACCGGAGGUAAAUCAAAGGGUCGUACCGGCAAGACCCGCCCCUCCUUCCAGACCACCUCCGCCGGCCGUCAGAGCAACUCCGCCCCCGACCGCAAAGAAGACGGUGCCGAAAGCGGGUGUGAUUACGCUACCGUGUAAAUCAACACCGCCGCCAAGUAUGCCGCCGCCCGAGCUACCAUCUAUGCCUUCUGUGGACCAAGAGGGUGGCAUUUACGAAGAAAUAAAUGACGACAUCGACAGCAUUCCUGAACCGAAGGGGCCGCCACCGCCACCCCCGAGGCCCGAAGCUGCCAUAGCGGCACCCGCUUCCAGAGGCCCACCGCCAGUUCCAGCCAGGUCCGCUCCCCCGCCCCCAUUGCCGGCGAGACCGCGGUCUUAAAUGUACUAGUCAACAUUUUUUUUUAAUUCUUAGUUCCGUUUAUUUUUAAUCAAUCGCAUCGUGUAAUUAGGAAAAAAAAGGUCGCAAAUAAUUUUCAAUAGCAAAGAUCUCCCUUACCAAAUUAAUGGUCGAAAUUGAUAACAGUAUAUAACAGUAAAUUAUAGGUUAUUUAUUCAAUUAGGGGUAAUUUAUCAGGUUUGUUUUCUUGCCUUUUGCGUGUCAAUGCAAUUAUUAAAAAUAAUUCUCAAUUGUCACCUGACAUUAGGGGCAAGUGACCGAAACGCGGAAGGUUUUAUCAUCUGGAUUUAUGCGCUACUCGAAUCACAAAAAGAAAACAUCGAAAAAUAACUGAGACGCACUUCCGCGACUACUCAUUCUCUAGCAUUUAGAAAAUUUAAUAUAUGCUUUAUAUGAUAGUGAUGUACAUGUUGUACCUAAAUUCCAAUUUCGGUGUCAAAAGCAUUUAUUUUUUUUUGUAUAUACCCAGUUGUUUGUAGGAAUUCGCAAUAUGAUUAGUGUAAAUUAAAUUCUAGAAAAAGUUGGCUGUUAGAAAUUUUAUGGAAAAUCAAAAGCUAUUGUUCCACAUUUAUUCGGUUUUAUUUUUUU